AUGCAAAAUGUCGAAUCAAAGGUCAAUCGAUCCGAAGGUCUUCUCGCGAAUCUUGGUUCCGAGCGUGAGCGUUGGCAAGAGUCAUCAACUAACUUCCAGGCUCAGAUGUCCACUCUUCCGGGAGAUUGUCUUCUCUCCACCGCUUUCGAAUCUUACGCUGCUUACUUUGACCAAGAAAUGCGAGCCAACCUUGAAAGUGCUAGGGAAGACCGUCCUCUGGAAGCUGAGAUCACAUUCCGCGAGACUCUGUCACAGUCAGAAUAUCUCUCAACCGUGGAUAAGCUUGCCAGUUGA